AUGGCCGGCGGUACGAGGACAGCACCCACGCGGGAAUUGAGGAAACCAGCAUUGCGCGCUACAGCAAGGCCACGAGCCUCCGUGGCCCACGAACGAGCAGAAACUCCAAAGGUAUCUUCACGAACACAGACGCCCAGUGCGACGCGAUUGCAGAAUUCACCUACCGAACAUGCUAGCAAUAAAAGAAAGGAGCGCGAUUUUGAGCACAAUGUAUCGGGCGACACAAACAUCCGGGUCAUCGUACGGUGUCGGGGGAGGAGUGAUCGCGAAGUCAAAGAGAACAGCGGCGUGGUUAUCUCUACCGAAGGGGUAAAGGGAACGACCGUGGAAGUGUCCAUGGGACCGAAUGCGCUGGGAAAUAGGGAGUACCAGUUCGAUAAGGUCUUCUCGCCGGCUGCGGAUCAGGCCAUAGUAUUCGAGGAUGUUGUGGCUCCGGUAUUGAACGAGAUGCUCUCCGGGUAUAACUGUACCAUUUUCGCAUACGGACAAACAGGGACUGGGAAAACAUAUACCAUGUCGGGCGAUAUGACGGAGACCCUUGGCCUGCUGUCGGACAGUGCUGGUAUAAUUCCACGUGUUCUUCAUGCGCUAUUUCAAAAAAUCGAAGAUGUCGACAGCUCGGUUAAAUGCUCCUUCAUCGAACUCUAUAACGAGGAUCUCAGGGACCUUCUUUCGUCUGAAGAUAAUGUCAAGUUAAAAAUAUACGAAGAUGGCAUGAAGAAGGGCCACAAUGGAACCAUGGUUCAGGGCGUGGGUGAAACAUAUAUCAACUCUGCAUCAGCCGGAAUUAAACUGCUCCAGGAAGGGAGUUAUCGCCGACAGGUCGCCUCAACAAAGUGCAAUGAUCUGAGUUCACGAAGUCAUAGUAUAUUCACAAUCACAACGUUUCUCAAACGGGUUACAGACAAGGGCGAAGAGUAUAUAUGCAGCGGAAAGCUAAAUCUGGUUGAUCUUGCGGGAAGUGAGGACAUUCGACGCAGUGGCGCGGAAAACAAGAGGGCCACGGAGGCUGGAUCUAUAAACAAGAGUCUACUUACGUUAGGGCGGGUUAUCAAUGCCCUCGUUGACAAAAGCCCUCACAUACCUUACCGGGAAUCGAAACUUACAAGACUUCUUCAGGAUUCUCUGGGCGGCCGUACGAAAACAUGCAUCAUUGCAACUAUAUCCUCAGCUCGCUGCAACCUCGAAGAAACCAUGUCCACGCUAGAUUACGCUUUCCGGGCAAAGAAUAUCCGUAAUAAACCUCAAAUCAAUUCUUCCAUAUCUAAAAAGGCGCUUUUACGAGAAUUCACCACCGAGAUUGAGAAACUACGCAGUGACCUGAUUGCCACAAGGCAAAGAAAUGGUGUUUAUCUUUCUAGUGAUAACUAUGAGGAAAUGACCGUGGAAAGCGAGUCCCGUCGCAUCCUAAGCGAAGAACAACGCGCGAAGAUUGAGACUAUGGAGAUCAACUUGAAGACGAAAGUACAAGAGUACCUUGCCUUAACGAGCAACUUUAAUGACAUGAAAAAGACCAACGAAUCUACGCAGUCUACGUUAGACCAAACGCAGGAUCUUUUGGAACAGACUGAACUAAUUCUAAGCAAGGCACGGAAAAGUCUGGAAGAAGAAACUGCCCUUCGUCGCGCGCAUGAAGCUACUGAACAGAAGCUACAUGAAGCUGGCUCGAAUCUUCUAUCAGUUAUUGAUCAAUCUGUCACAGAUGUAUCUGGGCUACAUUCGAAGCUCAGAAGGCGAUCGGUUCUUCAUAGACAGAACAAGAAUACCUGGGAAGAUUGUACGGGCAGAGUUCUAGAUGUUGCUAAGUCUGUCGAUGACAGGAUGACGCUUCUUCACUCCCAACAUUCGGCACUUAUAAAAGGUCUUACCACCCGCGUGGAAGAGUUUGUGGGCAGCGAGCUAGAGGCCCUCAAACAAAGUCGAUCCCUUUUCAACGAAUCGGAAACUUCUCUUUCUGCAUUUGAAGAGGACUCCAAAGCCCAGAAUUACAAGAAUCGUGAUACCAUGAAUGAGGUGCUGGAGGAAAUCAAGGUGCUAAGGGAAGAUGUCCAGGAGAAAGUUGGCGAAGGCCUGAACGGGUUAUCCUCUGCUGCCGCUCGGAUAUCCGGGGAAGUGAUAAAAGAGCUCCAGCAAUUUGACUCAGAGUUACACUCUAUGUACAACCUGCUAAGCGGCGACUUUACCGAUUUGUUCAAAUUGAUUGCAGACCAUCUUCGCUCUCAAAAGGAAGAGGUUGAUAGUCUUCGUACACAGCUACAAGAGGCUAACGAGAAUGCUAUAGCGGCUAAUGAGAAGGCUGCCUUACGUUUGGAAUCAACUCUGAAGGAAGAAAGACGAGCGGCAGAUGCAGAGCGUUCUAUCCUAGCUUCUCAAAUACAGAACCUCUUAAAUGAGUCAAGCGAUCGACAAGCCACCCGCCUUAAAAAUAACAUCGAUAGUAUCAAGACCGAGAUGCAGAUGUCAGGAACAUCGCUUCAACAGUCACAUAACAAAUACUGUGAAACGUUAGAUAACUGGGAUAAAAAGGAGGACGAGCUACUUGAAAAGGUGCUUAAAUCAGAGUCGGAGUUGAAAUCCAAGAUGAAGGAUCAUUUGGAUCUUUUCAUUUCGCGAAAUACAUCUAUACACAAAACCACAAACACAGUUCAUGAGCAGACUGUCCAAAUCGUUGACGAGCAAAAGAAGGACAUGGCUGUUCAGAUGGAAGCUCUAGAUGAUUUCGUCAGAAGAGCACGCUCUCAGAAUAACCAGCAUUGUGGGGCAAGCAAUGGUAUUGUCGACAAAUUUGGGCAAAAGGUUCGAGAAGGCUAUCAACAACAGCUUCAGAACUUGGAUGAAAUCGAGGAGCGUGAAACCGCAUUCUAUACAAAUAUGCAAUCUGAGAACAAGUCCCUCGGGACUCUGGUGAAGAGUGCCUCGUCUGACGUGAAACGUCCAUUAUCAGAGCUUCAGUCUCAGGUCAAGGAAACAUCGAUGGCGGAGUACAUCCCAACGGGGAAUACCCCCGAGAAGACAACGUACAAAUACGACGCAACGCUCCCACGAACAGAACCACACUCUGUUAUACUUGCGAGAUUAGGAUCACCGGGCGACCCGAUGGCUUCGCCCUCACCAUCACGUACGCCAUUAGAGUCUCCGUCUUUCCAGCAUGAGCGUCCCGCAUCACCAGCCAAGUCAAUGGUAUACCACGAUUCUGAUAACGAUGCUGAAGAUGUAAAAGCCACGCCUGUUGACUCCCCCGAGGAGUUGGACCUAUCCCCGACAAAGCUCAGGGAAGUUGAUAUCAAUGUGAUGAAUAACCCGAACCCGGAGCCAGUUAUCGCUGAAGCAGUGAACAACAAUGAGAGCUGUAAAGAUUCAGAUCCACCACCUCUUAAACGACACCUUUCCUCGUCCGUUGCGGCUGCAUCAAAUUUAACUGGUGAGACGAAGAUCCCGACGAAGCGGAUGACACGAAGAAAUGUCAAGGGAACAGCAGGAACUGUUGGAGGUGGAAGGGAAAAUAUCCCUAUCUCCGCCCUAAGCGCGGGUUCAAGGAUAAAUGCAAGGAGAGUGAGAAGCGGUCCCGGACCUACUUAA